AUGAUCACUUCCACCUUCGUCUUCCUCGGCCUCGUGGCGAGCACCGUUCUGGCGCACCCCGUCCAACGGAACAUCGCGGAUUUCGACGACUUGGUCGUUCGCGACGCAGGGGCCGACACGAGCGUAUACGACAUCAUCAAAACCCGUGAGUUGGACGACCUCACCACUCGCGACGUCGGGGCCGACACCAGCGUUUACUCCCUAAUCCACGCCCGGGAGUCUGAUCUCGACGAACGGGACGAGAACAACUUCGAGGAGAGGGACUACGACGAGCUCGCAGAGAGGGCGGACGAAGAUUUUGAGGAGCGGGACUUCGACGAACUAGAGGACAGAGACUUCGACGAUCUUGAGGAGAGGGAUGUCGCGGAUGACUUCCUCCGCUAUGUUCGAUUAGAAGCACGCAAGGGUCGUGGAGGCGGAGGCGGAGGCGGAGGCGGCUCCGCCCCCAAACCUGCGCCUAAGCCCUCCACCCCGAAGCCACCUGCCCCAAAGCCCGCCCCUCCAAAACCGAAGCCACCUGCCCCAAAGCCCGCCCCACCAAAGCCCAAGCCUGACACUCCCAAACCAAAGCCCAACGCUCCCAAGCCUGCGCCCCCGAAACCAGCUGCGCCCAAGCCCGAUGCCCCAAAGCCCGCCCCGCCAAAGCCAAAACCUGACGCUCCCAAGCCAAAGCCUAACGCGCCAAAACCAAAGCCUGACGCUCCCAAACCAAAGCCCAAUGCUCCCAAGCCUGCGCCUCCGAAACCAGCUGCGCCAAAGCCUAACGCGCCAAAGCCAAAGCCUGAUGCUCCCAAACCAAAGCCUAACGCGCCAAAGCCCAACGCACCAAAGCCCAACGCGCCGAAACCGAAGCCCAAUGCGCCGAAACCGAAGCCCAAUGCGCCGAAGCCAAAGCCCAAUGCGCCGAAGCCAAAGCCUAACACACCAAAGCCUCCCGCCCCCGCUCCUAAGCCCAACAGGCCGCCUCUCGAUCCUAACACCGUAGUCGAGAACAUCCCCGGCAUCCUCGAUCCCGUCAUGCAACUUUGGAUGCAGCAACAAGAGCAACAGUUCCAGCAGCAGCAGAUGGAGCAGCAGAUGCAGAUGCAGAACCAGCCAGUUCCGCCGACGGACCCGGUGGCGUAG